UCCUCAAUCAAUCCCUCAUUCAACACUCAACCACAUGCGCCAUCUCCCUCUCCGCCAGUGCUUCAAACCGCGCUUUCGUCUCUCUCUUACCCGACCAUUCACCAUGAAUCAGAAAACACAAGAACCCGUCAUUACCAAAACCUCUGACCUCCCCAUUGAUGAGGCAAAGUGGGUAACCCUCAAAAAGAUCGAGUACGUCGAUCAAGUCGGAAAGACACGAACAUGGGAGGUCGCAACACGAAAAACAAGAGGAAAAUCUGGUGUCGAUGCUGUAGCUAUGGGAAACAUUCUUCUUCAUCCAUCAAAGCCUGCUUCCACUCUACUCGUCAUUCAAUACCGACCCCCUCUUGAUGCCUACACUAUCGAAUGGCCUGCUGGACUCAUCGACGCUGAAGAGACUGCCGAAGAAGCAGCUGUUCGAGAAUUCAAGGAGGAAACUGGAUAUGAUUGCAAGGUUUUGAGUGUCAGUCCUGCGCAAGCUGCCGAUCCCGGAAUGACAAACGCCAACAUGCAACUGGCCAUGGUUGAGGUUCAAUUGGGCGAAAACGAUGAAGAGCCGGAACAAAGACUUGAUGAUGGAGAGCACAUCCAACGGGAGAUUAUUCCUUUGUCUGAACUGUAUGAGCGCUUGGUUGAGUACUCCAAGAGAGAGCGUACGGUUGUUGCGGCCAAACUUUUUCACUUUGCUGCAGGCAUGCAUUUUGCCCAAACUCAGAAGUACUUUUAGAGACAAUAGACGACAGCUGUCAUUAUAUCACAGUAUAGCCUUGAUUAUCAGACAAGUUAUCCCAAUGAAGCCUUUCA